AUGGCCGUUGCACGCUCAAUGCGCCGCACAAGCCCAAUCAGCCUCUUGCUAGCGGCCCUACUAGCAUUCGGCUUCAUAUGCUUCCUGCUAUCACCGUCCACACCGUCCACACCCACCGCCAUAUCCUCCCAACAGCGCCAGGACAAUGCCGCCGAACACCCUCUCUCCCCGCCCACAAAACCCUUCUUCAAAUCCCAAGCCGUCCGCGCUGAUGGCCACAAAGCUGCGCCCCCGGUCGUCCACUACAACCUCAACAGCCUAUCUAGCACCGCCGACUCAAUCGCAAACCGCGAGCGCGUCCUCAUUCUUACCCCGCUAGCUCGCUUCUACACAGGCUACUGGGAGAACCUGGAGAAACUAUCCUAUCCCCACGAACUGAUCUCUUUGGGCUUCAUAGCGCCAAAAACAAGCGAGGGCAACGCCGCCGUCGCCGCACUCGAAAAAGCCAUCUCGAAAACGCAGUCCGGCCCAAUCGACAACCGCUUCGCAAGCAUCAGCAUCCUCAGGCAAGACUUCCUGCCGCCGCUCGCCUCCCAAGACGAAAAAGUGCGGCACAAGCUAUCCGCCCAGAAAGAGCGCCGGGAGUCCAUGAGCCGCGCGCGCAACAGCCUCGUCUUCACAACUCUAGGGCCAGGAACGUCAUGGGUUCUCUGGCUGGACGGGGACAUAAUUGAGACGCCUUCGUCGCUAAUCCAGGACCUGACGGCGUUCGAUAAGCCAGUCGUGGUGCCGAACUGUUUCCAGCGGUUCUGGGACUCCAAGAAGCGGAAGUGGGACGUGAGGCCGUACGACUUUAACUCGUGGAUCGAUAGCAAGACGGCGCGCGAUAUGGCCGAUGCUAUGGGGCCUGAGGAGAUUCUGCUCGAGGGGUAUGCGGAGAUGCCGACGUAUCGGACGCUUAUGGCUUAUUUGCCGGAUUUGAAGAACCUUGAUCCGACGAAGAUGGUUGCGCUUGAUGGUGUUGGUGGGACGGCGCUGAUGGUUAAGGCGGAUGUGCAUCGCGAUGGGGCUAUGUUUCCUGCUUUUCCAUUUUUCCAUUUGGUUGAGACCGAGGGCUUUGCGAAGAUGGUGCGCAGGCUGGGGUAUGAGGUUUUUGGAAUCCCAGAUUACUUCGUAUACCACUAUAACGAGUAG